GGAAUAUAAAGGCAGAAAAUCUGUUGCACAUAAAGGCAAAGAGAGCAAGGUUCAGCUGUGCAGAACUGAAUGGCCCCUCCAUGAUACAAUGCAAAUGUUGUGAUGAAAUAGAGGGUCAAUCAUGUGUCCUGCCAGAUGCCUCUGGGGUACUCACAAACAGAAGCUGAGAAUGUACCCCUCUCUCAUAAUUAUUUUCCUGCAACUGGUAUUUGGAUGCUGUACCCUAAUCAGAGCUUCCCUGGCUGCUGACUAUUCUCAAUCUGGAAAAGGUGGAGUAGAAAGAACUUCACCUUGAUAACUUUCUAUGGAUUUGUUCUGAUGAUCAGAGAGGACUGGGGAGAUAAUUGUACAAUAAAGGGCAAUUUAUUCAUCUAUGCUCUUUGGCUACCUCCAUUAAAGAAGUGGAAGAACAACAUUUUCUUCUCAUUGUGAGAAAUUUUGGAAGUGAAUUCCCAGCCAUCAGAAGACUUUUCUCCACAGCAGCCUUCAGCUGCUUGUCCCUUAGGAUGUCCAGAGACUCAUCAUGGGAGAAAGGAAACCAAAGCUACCAAGGAGAAUUCAUCUUACUGGGAGUGACUGACCGGCCACACUUGGAGAUGUUGCUCUUUGUUCUUAUCCUAACUUGCUAUUUGAUGACGCUGUUGGGCAACACAACCAUCAUUGUGGUAUCAAGAUUAGAUCCCCAUCUCCACACCCCCAUGUAUUUCUUCCUCAACAACCUUUCCUUCCUUGAUCUCUCUUGUACCACCAGUCUUGGGCCCCAUAUGCUGGUGAACUUCUGGAGAAAAAGCAAGACUAUCACUUAUGGUGCCUGCGUGGGUGAGUUAUUCAUCUCUCUUGCUCUGGGCUCCACGGAGUGUGUUUUGUUGGCUGUCAUGGCCUAUGACCGCUAUGCUGCCAUCUGUCAUCCACUGCGUUAUACUACCAUUAUGAGCCAUUCUCUGUGUUUCACAAUGGCUGCUAUCUCAUGGGGAAGUGGCUUCAGCAAUUCAGUAGUACAGACACUCAUGACCUUUAGUCUUCCACGUUGUGGGCAGAACCAGAUAGAUCACUUUUUCUGUGAGGUACCAGCCUUGAUCAAAUUGGCCUGUGUGGACACCUCUGUUUAUGAGGCAGAGCUCUUUGCCUCAAGUCUGAUGUUCCUUCUACCACCUCUGGGUCUGAUCAUAAUCUCUUACAGCUACAUUGUGGCUGCUAUAUUGAGGAUCCACUCAGCUGAAGGAAAGCGGAAGGCCUUCAAUACCUGUGUCUCCCACUUGAUGGUGGUGUCACUCUUCUAUGGCUCAGCUAUUUGUAGUUAUCUCCGACCUCCAUCCAAGUACUCCGGUGAUGAAGGCAAGAUGAUUUCCCUCUUCUAUACCUUUGUCACCACCAUGCUUAAUCCACUGAUCUACACUUUGAGAAACAAAGAGGUACAUAAAGCCAUCCGAAGAAUAAUGAAGAUCAAUAAUAAAGAAUAUCAAUAAGGAAUGUCAAUGUCUAAUGAAGGUCAUUUAUCAACUUUAUUCAACAGACCAAAACCAAUACUUUUAACAAAUGCUCAUUCUUUGUUACUCCAAACAUGCUGCAAAGACUAAUGAUGAAAAAAUAAAGCUAGUAGCUGCCAUUUCUUUCAGAAAAACAACAUGAUUCAUGAUAAUUACAAUGAUGAUGAUGUUUAUAAUUGCAGGGACAGUGUUCUUUAUUUUUAUUGCUCAUGUAUAUCACCUUUGGAAUAAUCCAACAAAUUAUACAGUGUUGGGAAAAAUGACAUUUAACUAUAGUAUUUAAAUGGUAUUUAAUUUAAAAGCAUUUCAAGAGUUUAAAAAUAGGUAAUUUACUCAUCCCAGAUCUUAGUUAAUCUGUAUUUCCACAAAUAUGUAUUCUAAUGGUCUAUAGCAAGGAUGUCAAACUCACCAUAUCACGUGACAUGUCUUUUUUCCCCAUUGCCAGCAAUGGGGUGGGCGCGGUUUCGCCAUGAUGCAUUCGGCCUGCGAGCCGGCAGUUUGACACCCCUGGCCUAUAAUGUGUACACAUAAAUGGUUACCUAUUUUAACUAAUUUGCUACUUUUGAUCUUUAAAACUCUAUAAACAGCAUGGGAGCUGAACUAGAAUAUAUCAAGAGCCAAAUUUCUGCGUAGGUCCAUUCAACUCCUUAGCUAUUUCUUUGAUCCUUUGCAUUAAAUAUGUAGUCAGUGUGUGCUGGAGACAGAACUUCCUCAUGUGGAAUAUCCUCUCCAAGAUAAUGAACUCAGUGAUUGAUACUGUAGCUGCUGGUAGUGCUUUAAACUGAAUGCUGAAAAAGAAUGAAAUAGACAGGUGAUUGCUGGAAAGGCACCUGGUUUAAUAAAUCCUACCUUUAACAAUGUUUGAUUAGUAAAAAGAUGAGAUAUAAGUAAAAAUACCUAUGUGUUUAUGCAUGAAAAUAAAUAAAACAGGGUUGUACAGUCCUUUCGAAGAAGUGUAUUAGAACACUUCCGGUUCCGGUUCGCGGCAUUCCUAGUCAUACGAGCAGACUUGUCUCUUUGUCGGCUAGCUUUCCCUCUGCCAGUUGGGUCGAAAGCUGCCCUGGAGGGUGCGACUUCCAUCGAGAAGGCUUUGGCUCAGCUGAGGAGGCUGUCUGGGCGAUCUCUGAGGGCUGACGGAGAAGAAGAUCGGCCAGUAAAAUGGCCGAUCACCCUGCUGCUUCAAACUGCAAGUCAAGAACAUCUAAGCUGUAAGAGCCCCCAUGGUGAACCCGGGUGAAAAUUUUCCUUGUUACUCUCUCUAUUUGACUUUGUUUUUUUUACCUGUAAGAGCCUUGAUGGAAUUAUUUCCCUGGCUAAAGAAAGCAGCUUUUAUGUUUUGGGGAAGGAAGGCAUUUUACAAGAUUAAAUUUUACUUUCAUAUCUUUUGGGAUACAGAAAACUCUCUCUCUUUUUUUUUCUAAGAACUGUAUUAUCACCUGGUGUUGGAAGAUUAUUUCUUCUUUCACACUAUACUUUUAAAGAUAGAAAUAAGGAAAUGGUGCCUGGAAAAGACUCUUUCUUAACUUACUGAGGACAUCUAUUGGCGAAAAUUUAAUAUUGCACUUUCUGGUUACUUUUUGAAACCAGAUCAGAUUUGACUUUCAAAUUAUUUCUGAAAAAAGACAAACUGAGCUGUGGGAAUUGUGGGGGUGGAUAUAGACUAAUUUUCAUCAAAUACAGCUUCCACAAAAAAAAGUGAUUCUUUCUAACCACUAUUAAAAUGGAGAAACCGCAUUCACAAUUAAACUACAAUCUUAUACUGGAAAAGAUACAUGAGGCCACUGCAGAAAUUUGUGCCAUAUUGAAAGAACCUAUUACAGAACUAAGAUCCAGAAAUUUCACUUCAAACACUCAAACGGAUUCUCAAUUACAUCUGACUAUUUUACAAACCAAGAUAUACUAGAAGAGGAAUUAACAGAGAUAAAAGAGGAACUCAUCCUACCUUACAAAUCUCUCAUUUGUAACUUUGAGCAACAGAAGAAGCAAAGAUUGAGAUAUGAAACUAUAAAGCAACAAUACUUUAAGGAAGAGAGAAACAGACGUUUGAUGCAGAGGUUGGGACUCCUACUUCUUCAAAGACAAGCAACAAAAAUAGACC